GUCAUUAUCAAGCGUCAUCAUAUACAUAUAUCUAUAUAUACCGAGUUAAAUAAUUCGAUAAUUCAAUCAAAUAACCUGAGUUCAAGAUGCAGCGCUUUUUCAUAGCGAGCAUUUUAGUUAUCGGAGUUUUGGUCGGAGGUGUGGUCUCAAAGCCGCACCACGAGCAGGAGGAGACUGAUGAACAAGUCCCAAGCGAAAUUUCCUUUACUGGAUACGAUGUAGCUGGCGACCCCAACAGCAAAUUUUUCUUUCCUUUUCGACCAUUCUGGAUUCCACUUCCUUGGUUGGAUAAUAGUUUUGGAAACAACAAUGGCGGUGGUGGAAGUGGGGGUGGGGGUGGGAGCGGAGGUGGUGGGGGUGACGAUACUGCUGGGGGCGACGAUACUGCUGGGGGUGACGAUACUGCUGGGGGCGACGAUACUGCUGGGGGUGACGAUACUGCUGGGGGUGACGAUACUGCUGGAGGUGACGAUACCGCUGGGGGCGACGAUACCGCUGGGGGCGACGAACCACCUCCAGACGAAUAA